ACGGAUGUCUGUCUAUUUGUACAAUGCACAUAGUUUCUUUAUUUUUCUUGUUCACGUUUUUCUGAAGUGAAGUAGUAUUAGCAAUCAUAUGUAAAUAUUGAAUAUUGGAGUGUCCUAAGAUAAAUAAAAUUUAUAUUUUCGAUAGCAUACCAGUUAAAUCCAUUAUAUAGCCGUUAAGUCUACUUAAAGAUGUCUCGCAUAUUCUUGAGAAAUGGUGCAGCGACAAUUCUAAAAAAUCAUUUACCUCAUUCGGUGAAAUUUUGCCGGAAACCUCUCAAAGCGACUCAAAUUCGGCACCUGAGCUUGACACCAUGCAUGGAAAAAUUAGUGUCAUUUAAACUCAGCGACAUUGGUGAGGGCAUUCGCGAAGUUACCGUGAAGGAAUGGUUUGUCAAAGUCGGUGACACUGUAGAACAGUUCGAUAACCUCUGUGAAGUGCAAUCCGAUAAGGCAUCCGUUACAAUCACAAGUCGUUAUGAUGGAAAAAUCGUGAAACUACAUCAUCCAGUGGAUGAUAUCGCUUUGGUCGGCAAACCAUUAUUGGAUUUUGAGGUCGAGGAAGAAGGUGAUAGCGAGAGCUCUGAUUCUGAGUCAAGUUCCGAUGCGGAUUCCAAUUCAAUAAAAAAGAUGUCUGCACAAUCGGCAUCUGGAAAAGUCGCUAGCGACGAGGAUGUGGCGCGUCAUAUAACCCUUGCAACGCCCGCUGUGCGUCGUUUGGCUAUGGAAAAUAAAGUGGACCUUUCGAUGGUAUCGGGGACAGGUAGACAAGGACGUGUGUUGAAAGGGGAUGUACUCGAGUAUUUAGGGCAGUUGCCAGCUGGCACCAAUGUCCCACAUCCAACGAUUGCCAAGCUUGAAACACAAUCCGACGAAAAGCGUAAAUCUGCUGUUGCUGACCGUGUUGAACAAUUGAAAGGAGUACCUAAAGCGAUGCUAAAGUCUAUGUCUGAAACUUUGAAAAUCCCUCACUUUGCCUACAGCGAUGAAAUUGAUAUGACAAAACUGAUGGAUUUUCGUUAUCAGUUACAACCCGUAGCCAGCGAAAGAGGUAUAUCUAAGCUAACCUUUAUGCCUUUCUGCAUCAAGGCUGCUUCUAUUGCACUCUUGAAGUAUCCUAUUUUAAAUAGUUCGCUGAAUGUUGAGAAGGAGGAGGUAAUAUAUAAAGCUGCACACAAUAUCAGCGUGGCGAUAGACACUCCUCAGGGCUUAGUAGUGCCGAAUGUUAAGAAUUGUGAGAUUAAGAAUAUUUUAGAAAUCGCCAAGGAUUUGAAUGGCUUAAUCGAAAGGGGUCGCAAUGGUGCUUUAACCCCGAAAGAUUUUGCUGAUGGCACUUUUUCUCUUUCGAACAUUGGUGUGGUUGGCGGCACUUAUACUCAUCCCUGUAUUAUGGCGCCACAAGUAGCCAUCGGUGCCAUGGGACGCACGAAGGCUGUGCCACGAUUUAAUGAAAAAUAUGAAGUUGUUAAAGCUUACGUGAUGAAUGUCAGCUGGUGUGCAGAUCAUCGCAUUAUUGAUGGAGUCACCAUGGCCAAAUUCUCUAAUCUGUGGAAACAGUAUUUGGAGAACCCGGCUUUAUUUUUGCUAAACUAAUACUCCCAUGAUCCCUUGGCGGAAAACUCUAUGAGCUCAAUUUAACUGAAAGGCUGUUUGCUGCAUUUAUUUACAUAAUUUAGCUAAAAAGUGAAACAUCUUGUUCUUAUCAUCCAAGAUGUGCACCUUAUCAAGUGCAUUUAGCGAGCUUUAAGCUCCAAACUAUAAUAUAAAUCGUAAUCUAUGGGUGCUAUACCUAUUACUUGUUGUGUCAAAGGCAUUUAAAUAUUUUUAGAAAAUACUGGUUUAUGUAUAAAGCGAAUAA